AUGGACGAUAAUUCCAGGUCUGCCUCGGGCCUCAAAUCCGACAACAUCUCAACCGAUAGCGAGGUCAUUCUAACGCCUGAUCCCCCUUCUCCAAACGAUGCACCCACCGAUGAUGCCUUGCUCGAUACUCCCGUCCUAGGCGCCACGACACCUAGAGGUUCAAUUCAUUCGAGGAAUCCAUCUUUUUCUGGCAGUAGCUCCAACCAUGAGGACUGGGAUGGUCCGCCUCUGGAUCGCUUGUCUGUUCUUGACCUUCUCGAUAACUUUGCGUUGCCACAGCAGCUCGAGAAGCUGCAAAAGGGCAUCACAGCUCAAACAGACAAGGUCCGCCGCUCGAGGGAAGCGAUCAAGACCAAGACACAGUCUGCGCGGGAACGCAUGGUUGAGGAAUGGAGACGCCGAGUCCCCGAAGCUGAUGAGCAGCUGGACAGGUACCGCAAGCAAAUGCAACACCGUAUGGACAAGCUCGGAAAGCGAUGGAGUGACACAAAAGUUAUCAGUGCUCGUGAAAAGGUAUCGUUCAUCUUUGGUGUCUUGAACAUCUUCCUCAGUGGAUAUCUUAUCGGUGCAUAUCCGGAGCAUUUUCAUCUAUGGUAUACUGUACAACUUUUGUACUUCAUGCCUAUCCGUUUCUUCACUUAUCGUCAACGUGGAUACCAUUACUUUGUAGCCGACCUUUGCUAUUUCACCAACAUUUUGCUAGCACUCUCGAUUUGGGUGUUUCCUGGCUCUAAGCGUCUUUUCACUGCCUCUUACUGCUUGGCGUUUGGAAAUAAUGCGGUGGCUAUCAUCAUGUGGCGCAAUUCACUUGUCUUCCACAGUUUCGACAAGGUCACUUCGCUGUUUAUUCAUAUCAUGCCAUGCGCCACGCUGCACUGCAUUGUCCACUUGUUCUCUCCUGAGAAGCAGAAAGAACGUUUCCCUGCGAUUUGGACCAUCAAAAAUUCACCGCCAGGAUCCCCAACGGCCUAUGCCAACGUUGUCUCCAUGCUCGCUUGGAGUACACUGCCCUACAUCUUCUGGCAGAUCUUGUACUACGUCUUCAUUACUGUGCGCCGACGAGACAAGAUCGCAGCUGGACGGCCUACCUCCUUCACUUGGUUGAAGAAGUCAUAUGCUCAUACAUGGCUGGGAAAGUUCGUACUCCGACAACCGGAGAAAUUACAGGAGGCAACAUUUAUGUUGAUCCAAUAUUCUUAUGCCCUCCUCACAAUGCUGCCCUGCCCAUUAUGGUUCCUUAGCCGCUGGGCAUCGGCAACUUUCCUCAUGGUGGUCUUCACUUGGAGUAUCUACAAUGGUGCCACUUACUACAUUGACGUAUUUGGCGUGCGUUUCCAAAAGGAGUUGGAGGCCAUGAAGGCCGAGGUCGCUCAAUGGCAGAAUUCCCCCGAGCAGAUGCCACAGUCACCUCCCUUUGGAGCUCGCCCUGAUGAAUCAUCUGCCAACCAACUCACCCAACAGGGAGUAGCACCCUCAGCAUCGACCGGCCAAAUCCCAUCUAUCAAAGAAGUCAAUCGUGAGAAGGACAUGAUGAAGGACACAUCUUUGUCUAAAGACGAUGCCAAUCGGCCAAUGAGCGUGGACAACAUCCCACUCCUGAAUGAUACGCAAGCGUCUUCUUCUACGGGAGUUCAGAGACGACCAGUGAAUAAUACCCGAGGUCGACGAAUAGAUUAG